UGUUGGAAUUUUUUUUUUUUUUUCUCAGAUAAUCAUACACACUUUCACUCAACUAUUUUAUUCAAACAUCUUUCAGGCUUUUUAUCGUUUUUCUCCAUAUCUCCUUAUCUCUCUGCAAACCCUAAUUUCACUCAUCAGCUCUCCUCCAUACCUCUGUUUUUCUCUCUCUGUCUCUUCAGAACUUACCCAUUCCUAAACACUCACUUUCCAUCCCUCUCCCUCUGCAAAAAACUAAAGAAAUUCAUGGAUGUUGACAUGCUCAAAUCGUCAGCAGCAGGAGCAGCGGCUGAUCAUCAUCAUCACCACCACCACCAUAACCACAGCCACCUGGACAUGAUGACAAUGAUGAUGCAAAUGGAAAAGACUUCUGAAGAAUUCUGCGAUCCUUCUACUUUCCAAGACAUUGAUUUCUCGGGUGGAACUACUUCUUCUUCUUCCAUAAUAUUCAAUAACCCACCAAAUGCGGUUCCUGUUUCGGUUUCUCAACCCAACUCUGUUUCCUUCAUGGGCAAUCCGAUUCAGGAACCCAUGACUCCACCUCUUCAUCAUCAUCAACCAAACUUCGGCAGCUGCACCUCCUCCUCCUCCAGUAGAUUCAAAACCAUUAGCACCGGCGGCGGUGCCGGUGCAAUGUCGAUACCCAAUUCGUACGAUAAUAAGAGGAAUUCGAUGGCGGCGAUGAGAGAGAUGAUAUUCCGUAUAUCUGCAAUGCAACCAAUACAUAUCGACCCGGAAUCCAUCAAACCGCCCAAGCGGAGGAACGUGAAGAUCUCUAGGGAUCCGCAGAGCGUUGCGGCGAGGCAUCGGAGGGAAAGGAUAAGCGAGAGGAUUAGGAUCCUUCAGAGACUUGUUCCCGGAGGGACUAAAAUGGACACGGCUUCUAUGUUGGAUGAAGCAGCGCAUUAUGUGAAAUUCUUGAAGAAACAGGUUCAGACUUUAGAACAACAAGCGUGUGCUAAUAGACCAACAAUGGGUGGUAUUGGGUUUUCGGGGACACAGUUGGGGAAUAGUAAUGUGAAUUACUCUGAUUUCAUGAUCAAGGAUUGCCAGCCUUCUCGUCAAAUGUUGGGGGGUUCUAUGCAUAUGCUUAGAUGAGGGAAUUAAUAUAAUUAAGGCAAAUCGUUUUUGGAAAUUUUAUGACUUUGGUCUUUGUGUAGCUGUUGAUGCUUUUAUGAGUGCUUUGU